AUGGGUUCAUUGUGCGAGGUGAACAUCCAAAAGCCAUGGAUCGAGACUCCCUUGCACGAAUCGCCCACGCUUUCUCGGGCUGCUGGCUGGUACAAGACACUUGCUACUCCGUCUGAUAGUCUACGAACACUGACACACGUCUACAGCCGGAUCUUUUUGAAAUUGGAGAAUCUCCAGCCAUCUGCCUCUUUCAAAUCUCGAGGCAUUGGUAACCUUGUCUUGACCGAGGAAGCCUACCACAAGGCCAUUGGCAGCACGCGGCCGUUACACUUUUUCGCUUCCUCCGGCGGCAAUGCUGGCCUGGCCGCCGUAUCAGCGACGAGUUCCCUGGGAUAUACUUCCUCCGUGGUGGUGCCGGAAAGUACAGAGCCAUCAAUCAUGGAGAAACUGAAACUCAACGGUGCGAGCGAAGUCAUUGCCCACGGGGCCGGACUUUUGGACGCAGACACCUACCUCAAGGAAGUGGUGAUGCCUCAAGCAGAAGCCAGGGGCGAGAUUCCUGUGUAUAUUCCCCCUUUCGACAAUGGGGCUAUCUGGGAAGGGGUCGCCACCAUGGUCGAGGAGAUCCAUCGCCAAAUGCCGGAGGGAGAACGACCCGACGCCAUCGUGUGCUCUGUCGGUGGUGGCGGUCUAUUGGUUGGAAUCGCGAAUGGUAUGGAACGCGUCGGCUGGGGGAGUGAAGUGCAAAUUUUGGCCGUCGAGACUAAAGGCGCCGACUCCCUCUAUCAGUCCGCUCAGGCAGGCGAGAUCCUCACCAUCCCUAGAAUCACGUCUAUCGCGACGUCCCUCGGAGCGGUUCGGGUGUGCCAAAAGGCAUUUGACCUAUUGGCACACAAGAAUGUGACGAGCCUGGCGCUGGAAGAUGCAGAGGCUGCGAUGGGCUGCUGGCGGCUUGCAGACGAUGAGCGGAUAAUCGUUGAGCCAGCCUGUGGGGUGAGCGUGGCGCUGGCAUACGACGGGCGCCUCAAGCAGCUGAUGCGCGGGGUUGACAAGGACAAGAAAGUGGUGAUUAUUGUGUGCGGCGGGAGUAAGAUCUCUCUCGACACCCUGGUUCAGUAUAGGGCCCGGUACAGCGAGCGAGCGAAAGAGCUGGCCGCAAUGUGGGCUGGUGUAUAA